AACAAACAGCAUCCAAAUAUGGAGCAAUCUCAUAUUUCUACCGAGGUCUGAGAUGAGCGUCCGAACGCUUCUUCCAAACUCAAAUCACAUGUACUCAACGGCGCGCCUAAAAAACACCAAAUUUAUAUGCAUUUUUCAUCCCAAUAGUGAUUUUGAUUCUUUCGGUCUCACUCUCUUGGUAUAGCCUAUCUUUCUUUUGCUCUCUCUCUCUCUCUGUCUACGAUUAUCGCGAAAACUCAGCUCUCUUUGUUUAUGUUUUGCGGAUAAUUCGUAUUAUUUUUUUUGUUUCGAUGACGAAGGUGGUUUUUUAAACUGUGAUGAUCGAUUGAUUGUAAUUUUCACCUGGAGAAUUUUUUUUAAAAAGACACGAUAUGCAAGUGAACGGCAAUCCACAAUGUAGGCAACCAGCCGUAGCUGAUACAGCAACGAAAAAUUCAAAUAACCGAGGCAAACGAAAAGCACGCUGGAAACUGAAAUUCCACCACCAAGCUCUACCUCCGGAAUACCUAGACCACUACGAAGCUUCUCUACAGCAAAACAAAGACCACCAACAACAGCAACCCAAAUCACCAACAAUAACACAAGCCACAACAUCAUCCUCGGGGACUACAUCCACAUCAAAGUCAUCUCCCAAACCUUCAACGUCGUCGUCCAAAACUCCACCAUCUCCAUCUCCCUCACUACCAGGAUUAACUUCUCUACAAUCGACAGUUCGAUACAAAGACUUGCCAUACAUGGGUGAGAUGACUUUAGACAAUGCGCGGCCGAGACGAGGACGUAAACCUAAAAAGGCUGAUAUAUGUCAUCUGAUUUACAAAAAUUACGGCACAACUGUCGUCGACGAGCCUUUAAAUUUAUGCCUGCGUGACCUCCAAGUUCAAAAUAACAAAGAGACGCCUCCGAGCGAGGUAUCCAUGUGUAAGUUUAAAUUCACCGGAGGUGCACAGCCUACGUUACAGGAGAAAAAAUCAAUGUCUUUGGACUCGACUGGUAAUCUAAGACUGCUCGCCAAUAGUCGAGCUCGUAGCAAAGAAUUAAAACGUAAAAGUAGAAAAUCACUAGCGAGGGAAAAACUGGAGAAAACUUUUAAAGAAAAAGGCUUCUUGAUACAGACUCAACAGCUGGAGUCGGCUCAAGGGGCAACUUAUUGUAAGUUUAGACAGUUACGUAAAUUCACCAGGUAUUUGUUUCGAAGUUGGAAACAUCAUUUACCGGGAGAUAUUGUCAAUAAUAACAAUACGAAUACGAGUAACAAUAAUAAUAAUGUUUAGGAUGGUUUUUAAAAGGGACAGAAGAGAAUUCGAUGAUACUUAGAGGUGAAAAUGAAAAAACAUGAAUUAUUGAGAUUUGAGAGAAAAAAUGCUCAUACUGCCAUGAAUACAAUAUUUAAGUAGGCCUAUUAAAUGAUAAGUACUUUCUUAUAUUCUUGUUUCUUGAAUCGAACUCUUCUUCCUGUCUUUUUUUUUUCGAGAAAAAAAAUGAGCAUUUGAUUGUUUUUAUUUUUACUAAGUAUACUUACUUAAAAAUCGAAUUAAUAAUAAAAUACAAUAUAAGUAAACGCAUAAUCGGGGCUGUGAUAAGAUUAUGUAUACUGUGCUCUCGUUUUCGACUUUACCAUAAUUCUGGUCUUUACUUUGUAAUUAUCGUUUGAUUAUGUAAGUUCCUAUUAAUAAAUUUAUUUAUUUCACGAUGAAAUAAAAUUCAUUAUUGAUUAAUGCAAAUAAAUAUCUACCAAUGUAAAGUGUACCUUAUCCGAGAGACAAUAAUACGAUCUGUUCAUGGAUAAGGGUUUCUAUAAAUAUUUUUUUUAAUAUGUACCUACCACUACGAUUUGUAGAACCAUAAAUCGAGUGUUUGUUCAUAAAUCGCCCGAUCACGUUAAUAUUUUAUAAUUAAAAUUUAAUUCAUAAGCAAUGUGUGAUAUUUAGAUUUUAUUUACGAAAUUUUUAUCAAUAUAUUUUAUUUACCAUUUU